AUGUCUCCCUCGACUACCAUGGAAGCUGUCCGCUUUCAUUCGACUGGGGACUCCAGUGUUCUUCAGCUUGAGAACAACGUUCCUAUUCCACAGAUUGCGGACAAUGAAGUCCUGAUUAAAGUGGAAUAUGCUGGAGUCAACUUCGUCGAUACCUACCAGCGUAGCGGGCUGUAUCCUAUCAAGCUACCCGCCGUGGCGGGUCGAGAGGGAGCAGGAACCAUUGUUGAAGUUGGUCGAGAGGUGCCUUUAUCGUUUCACCUUGAGCUAGGAGAUCGAGUGGCAGUCUUUGCACAAGGCACGUUGGCACAGUACGUUGCUGCCUCCGCAGAAUCGAUCUUGAAAUUACCUUCUUCUGUGUCCACGCGCGUUGGGGCAGCAGUUAUGCUCCAGGGGCUUACAGCGUGGACCAUUGUACGAGAUGCCCAUGACGUCCAAAAGGGUCAAGUGAUACUGGUCCAAGCAGCCGCCGGCGGCACUGGAGGGCUUAUUGUACAAAUGUGCAAACAUUUGGGAGCCACCGUGAUAGGAACGGUGUCAACUGCACAGAAGGCAGAGGUGGCCAAACAGCACGGCUGCGACCAUGUCAUCAUAUACAAAGAACGAGAUGUUUUGACGGAAGUUUUGCGGCUUACUGACGGCAAGGGUUGUCACGCCGUGCUGAGCGGUAUUGGUCAGUCCACGUUUGCGACCGAUCUUGCUUCCACCCGAAGAAAGGGCACUCUUGUUUCUUAUGGGAACAGCAGCGGACCCGUGGUCAGUUUCAAGAUCCUGGAGCUCAGCAAGAAGAAUAUCAAACUGGUCCGCCCAACAUUGGCGAAUUAUAUCCAGGAAAGAGAAGAGUUUGUCGAAAGGACAAAGGAACUACUCGAUCUGCUGAGCAGGAACAUUGUCUCUGUGCCUAUAGAAAAGGAGUACAUGAUCGACCAGGUUGGGCACGCUCAGGAUGAGUUGACAGGGCAAAAGACAACUGGCAAAUUAGUAGUAAAGAUAGCUUCGUGA